AUGACAAGUGAAAGUAGAGGAGUUAACCGGUUCGAUGUUUCAUCGGCAUCUCGUGACAGGGCUGCCGUGAAUAACGGACUAUCAUUAUCGGGACUGCUCAAGAGUCGAUCAUUUCUGCUUGAAAUUGAUAAUUCAAAGGAUCGUGAUCGACUUACAGAGUAUAUUCGCAGAUUCGGAGGGCACGUAGUUCAAACAUUUGAUGAUUCGAAUCUUCCUGUGUGCGUUGUUUCUGACCAUGCUUAUGCUUCGCGAAUUGAGCACAAACAGGUUGAUGUAAACAAUCCAAGCGAGAAGCUUCUAAAAGCCUUGCCCGCAUUGUUACGCGAAGCAGUCAAGAAACAAGUGAAGAUUCGAACCGUAACCACUUUUAUUCGACAAUUAACUCAUUUAAAGAAUAAUGCACAAAAAUCGUCUUCUGCCACAAAUUCAGCACCUACAGUUAAAGCACGAGCAACGAAUCAUCCGACAUUAUCUCGACAAGUAAUGCCCGAAACAAGUCCGGACGGAAGAAAAAGAAGAAGUAGUAUGAUUGGAAAAUCGUUUGUUCGAAUUGAUAUUCCUGGAAGAAGGCCAGAUAUCAGGAUUAUUGAUAAAACUGCAUUUCGGCAUAUUUACAGUGGAAAUGAUGCUGCAUUUUGCAUUUUUAAGAGAGCAGAUGAAGCUUUGAAAGCGAGAAGAAUGAGUGAUUACAAUAAUUUUGUUAGAGGAACGUAUAUUCCCGUCAAAAAGGCUAAUUAUAAAUUGGAAGACGAUGAGACAUAUUGUCAAUUUUGCGGAUUAACCGUUGACAAAAUGCUCGAGCAUGUGAAAACCGAUGCGCAUAGAAAUAAAGUACGACAUCAAGGAAUUUUGCCAGAAUUGGAGCGAGUUGUAAUGACAACGAAGUUGGCGAUGAACGUAUCGUCUCAGAAUCGAAAACGAAAACUCAAAGAUCUAAUUCUUGAGCCGGAGCUUGUGGAAACGUAUGAAUAUGGCGAGAACCAAUACCAAAUUAAUUGGUCGCAAUUUGUGAAACGACGAAGUCCUCCAAUAUCGCCUGCCAAAAAUGAAGCGGCAGAACAGAAAUCGAAAACUAUGCGAAUCUCAUGGGAUGGUAGCGAUUUGGACUUUCUUCGAUUUAUUGGGCACGCAUAA